AAUUUAACCCUUAGGAUCCAUAUUCUUUUUUUGUGUGAUAAAUUUUAAAGCAUUUUCCUACAUGCAGAGGAAUGUUACACGAAGAACACAUAUGUAUAUGCGGUUGAACUUCUUUUCUUUGCAGAAGUGCAGACUUUACAAGCUGCACUUUACUUUACUUUUAUUCGGAGGCAGCGAAAGACAGUGUCAAACUAAUCGAACAAGCACCCGCUUCGAUGUGGCCGGCAAAGUAUUUAAAGAAUUCAAUAAAACACAAUCUGGUAAAUUGGGAGGGGAAAACAAUUGAAACCACAGUUCCCUGUUUGUCAAACAUUGCUCUGCAACAAUCUAUCUCCCUACACAAACAUGGAAAUUAAGCAUCACCGCUGGAGAAAGAAAAGUCACGAGUACGUGAUAGCGGCGGAUAACGGUUGGCAAAAAAAAAGUCACGUAUACGUGACAGCGGCCGGCAAAGUGUUAAGCAAUAUUCAAUUUUAUCAUGCUGAUAUUUAUUGAGGAUUCAUUAGUGCCUCUUCGAUUAAAUGUCAUUGACACUAGAUUACAAAUCAUCAUUUAUCAUUAAAGGAACCGUAGUAUAAUCAUUAUGCAAUAUCAGGAUCUCAGAUAAAUCUUGAUAUCCACAAUUUAGUAUCUAUUCCGUAUCUAACCUAGAAGUACGGUCUUUAGAUAAGAGUCUGGCGUCGGGCAAUAAAAAUGUUAAAAAUUAUUGGGAAAAUACUGAUAAAGUAUAUAAUCAAUAACAAAAGUAGAAAAAUAACAAUGGAUUUAAUUUUUCGUGCACAGUUAUCCUUAUCUUUUUCGAUUUCACAGCACUUCAUUUCAAAUUAUAAUCAGCCUUUGAAUACAUCAAAUUAUUUAUUAUAUAUUGCAUAGCAGUAAUGCUCAGCAAUGGGUGUAGAUAUAGUUUUAAUCAGCUGUGAUAACAAUUGUAUUGUAAUAGUGAUAACCGUUAUGGUAACUCCGUCAAGGUCCAAGCGUGGGACUGGAUACACUUUGUGAGAAGUGCAUUUGCAUCUUCCCUGAUAUGAUCCCUCUGUUCGAUUCCUCGGCAAAACUAUCUCCUGGUGUGAUUACUGGAAAUAUCAAGCAGCUUGGUAAUUAUGACGAGUGUCUUAGCGUGGAGACCGGAUAUGACUUCAUUGGACAAGCCUGCAGCGUUACUGUACAAUUUAAAUUUCCGGAAAAUCCAGUGUCUGUGGAUGAUCUUGAUGCUAGAGAUCUUUUUAAUAAUGCCGCAGUGGCUUCGGGUAUGCCAAACGCGAUAUUGAAAAGACCUAUGAUAUUCGAAUGGUUGUGGUGCGUGCCGUCUACCUGUAAUUAUUCUGAGAUAUCAGCUGCGUUGAAUCUAGCCCUUGAUCCUUUAAGGGUCAAAGAUCGGAUAGAGAUGAUGGUAUCGGUGGAUGAGCAUUCUUGUCACACCUUAAAUACUGAUAAGAGAUUGUUAGAUCAGUGGGACGUUGCUUAUAUAUCCAUCCUGGGUAUCUUCCUGGUAAUCGUAAUCACGAGCACAACCUACGACGUGAUAAAAAUUAGGCAUCAAAGCAAAACACGUAAAGACAGCAGAAACAGCAUCCUCACAUCAUUUUCAAUUUACACCAAUGGCAAGAAUCUUCUGAACACCAACAGACGUGCAGACUCCAUAACCUGUCUUGAUGGCAUAAGGUUCCUCAGCAUCUGCUGGGUCAUAUAUUUACACACCUACUUCCACCAGAUAUUCAAUCCCAAGCUGAACCUGACAUCAGUUUUCUGGAUGAUUGGAAGCUUCCGCGGUAUUUUUGCAUUCAAUGGGAAUGUCGCUACGGAUAGUUUUUUCCUUCUCAGUGGUACAUUGCUUGCUUAUACAAAUUUCUCAAAGAAACAGAAGAAUCCUGAUAAGACAUUCGAUAUACUGAGCUUUUAUGUUCAUCGAUAUAUAAGACUUACACCAGCGUACGCAAUGGUGAUUGGAUUCUAUGCGACACUUUUUUACAAACUUGGAAGUGGACCCUAUUGGAAUAAGUGGAUAGCCGCAUGUACAGAGCCAUGCCGUAAGAAUUGGUGGACAAAUUUACUCUAUGUGAAUAAUUACGUAAUCGAUGGUCAAAUGUGUCUUGACCAAUCCUGGUAUCUCUCUGUGGACAUGCAACUGGUAUGGCUGUCACCCAUUUUUCUGUAUCCUAUGUUAAGAUUCAAAAGAAGCAUAUUCUUCUGGAGUAUUCUCGGUACAGGCAUAUUGAUAUCGAUACUUGUGCCAUUCUUUAUUACUUACUAUUAUGAACUUCCUGGGACCAUGAUCUAUACAAUGGACUUAUUUGACGUCACCAAAGUCUUUGUCAAAAUUUAUAAGAACGUAUACACACGUGCUGGGCCUCAUAUCAUGGGUUUGGGACUUGGAUAUUUACUAUGUAAAACUCGUUCGCGAUCCUUAAACAUUCCUAACCGCUAUGUGAUCGCUGGUUGGUUAAUCGGAAUGGCUUCCGGUCUUGCCGUUGUUUUUGGACCAUACAAUAUGUAUAAGUAUGAUUACGUUUACAAUAAAAUUGAAGCCAGUUUCUACGCUGGAUUACAUAGACACGUAUUUGCACUUUUCGUAGCUUGGAUAAUAUUUACCAGCGUUCAUGGUUACGGAGGUUUUGUCAAUCAAUUUUUAUCAUGGAGGGGUUGGGUACCAUUAAGCAAGUUGACGUACUGUAUUUUUCUCUGUCAUUUUAUAAUAAUAUUAUAUGACUCAGGAAAUACCAGAAUAUCAAGUAAUUUCACCACCUUCACCGGGACAAAUACUUUUCUCGGCUAUCUCGUCCUAUCCGUAAUUCUCGCAGUAAUCCUGCACCUCUUCUUCGAGGUGCCAUUCAUUACUCUAAGUCGCAUUCUAACGAGAAGUCUGCAUCGCGGCAUAGUUCCUCAAGGAAGCAGGAAGACUUUCGAAAACAACGGCUCUGACGAUACCUUGUACAAAUCAUGGAAUGACACAAGAAUGACAGCAUCACAAAUAUACACUACCGAAAGUACAGACGCAGGACGCAGCAGUCCUGAUUAUGCCAACAAUUUUUUGAGAAAUGUCAACAAAGAUUUUUAUGUCGACAAGAUCGAGUGUCCCAGGAACCAGGAGAACCCCUACAUCUCCAUCAUGGGAUCCACCCAUUCAAAUAGCAAUACUCUGUAUGCAUUACAAGGAUUGCGUGAGCAAGAAAACUUUGACACCAAAGUCCGUAGAGAAAAGAGGGAAUUACACGAAAGAGACAGCAAUGUUACGGCGGGAAAGAGCUUCGACAACAAAGCCUUUGAGGACACAUCUUAGCUAUAAUGAACUGCCGAAAUUUAAUUUUAAAUAAUACGUCAAAGUUGUCGCCUGUAAUUUGUUAAUAGAACGCGAGAAGCGAUUAAAACUUAAUGCGUGCGUAGGACAAUGAAUUUAUAGAUUUUUAAUAGAGAAAGGUAUUACAAUUUAUAAUAAUUAAUUAAAGUACCACUCUUGAAGAGGUGGCUAAUAUAUCCCAAUAGCCGGGGAACAGUGAUGUAAUGAUUAAAAAGACCUCUCUCAAGUAUUUCAAUGUAGCUCUUGAGGUGAUCCUGUGUGUAGAUGCCAUCUCCGCGUCUCUUGUAAUCUAUUCCAUUUAGCUCCUUAGAAGGGUUGUAGAAGAAAGUGAAGGAGAGAAAAAGAGGAUAAAAAAAGAAAUCCACGAAGAGUCUUGGCGUUACUGGCCCGUGUCCCUGUUUACUUAGGCUCUACUGGGAUUUAGACCCUUCGUGACACGUCUUCCACAGGGAUGAAGACACCAGGAGGCAACAGGAGGGACGCGGCUAAGUAAGUCGAUCUGCCGACAAUGAGUGGCCUGUCCUCUCCUUGGAAGUAAUGGAUACUCAUCCUCGUGGAAAUGACCUUAACAAGAAAUCUUCUUCGCGGGAAAGAUUCUCUUUUUAAAACCAAUGUCAAAAUUACAUCGCUGGACCGAAAGGGAUGCUGCUCCUUGGCUUUGGCCACACGUAUCGCUGGACGGAUCAGGACGAACUAAGAGAUGAAUUUCUAUUAGCCAGAAUAUAAUUCCAAGUGAAUUGAACUUUGUGGGAACGUUGAUGACAUCAUUAAAGUCAGAAUGGAGUCGUUCGAGGGUCGCGCCUCCUGGUGCCGCACGUGCAGACGACACUCUGGGGACAUCAAUAGAUAUUGUUGCGUGGGAAAUCGCAGAAAAGGUAGCUAGAAACUUCAGAAACGUCUCCAACUCUAUUAUAAUACAUUAUAAUAAAUCUGACACGACAGGUAAAUCUCGUAACGCCAACACUUCCUUCUUUCGUAUAGUACGUUACGCAUACUUGAACUCUCCGUACUAUAUAUGUGAAUAUAAAGUAUUAUCCCUAUAAAGUAACCAUAAAAUAGAGUAAUACGCCUACUGCAAUAAAUCUGAAAUAGA